AUUUCCUCAUUGCCAUUACCUUUCUUGCGACUCUAUUUUCUCCAUUAGUUUUCCGAAUCUAAUCCCAGCAUACAGUUGGAAAUAUGGAGUUCUUGAGCUUAAUUCUGUAUCUCUUGUUAACCAUCAUUCUGCUUCAAGUCCUCCAUUCACUUCUAACACGAACCAGAACAAGAUCAAACCUUCCGCCGGGCCCGGGCCCACUACCGAUCGUUGGCAACCUUCUGAAGCUGGGUGACAUGCCCCACAAGUCCCUGGCCGAGCUAGCGAAAACUCAUGGCCCGAUCAUGAGUUUGAAACUGGGCCAGAUAACGACAGUGGUUAUUUCUUCAUCAGCCUUAGCCAAAGAAGUUCUCCAAAAGCAAGACCUCGCUUUCUCCACCAGAUCCAUCCCCAACGCCCUCCACGCCGAGGAACAGUACAAGUACUCCGUCGUCUGGUUGCCAGUUUCCGACCGGUGGCGCAGCCUCCGAAAGAUCAUGAACUCAAAUAUUUUUUCGGGUAGCAGACUCGAUGCUAAUCAAAAUCUACGGCAACAGAAGGUGAAGGAGUUAAUCGCCUAUGCUGGAAAAUGCUGUCAAGAUGGCGUUGCCGUGGACAUAGGCAGUGCCGCUUUCACCACUUCCCUGAAUUUGCUGUCCAACACCGUGUUUUCUGUGGAUUUGGCCGGCCUAAGUCAGGAAUCAGCGAGAGAGUUUAGGGACUUGGCUACUAAUAUAACGAUGGAGGCCGGAAAACCCAACUUGGUUGAUUAUUUCCCUGUGCUAGCCAAGAUCGACCCACAAGGUAUAAGGGGUCGCAUGACGGUUCAUUUCAGGAAAAUGCUUCAGUUGUUUGGUGGAUUAAUCGACGAAAGGUUAAAGUCAAGAAAAUUGCAGAAGACUAACGCAGAAAACGAUGUGAUAGAUAAUUUGCUCAAUCUUGGUGAGGAUAUCGAUAGAACUCACAUCGAGCGUAUGUUUGUGGACCUAUUUGUGGCUGGGACAGAUACAACAUCGAGCACGAUUGAGUGGGCUAUGGCGGAGCUACUCCACAAUCCGGAGAUUCUAGAGAAAGCUAAGGCUGAGCUAGAACAAACAAUUGGCAAAGGGAAACUGAUUCAAGAGUCGGACAUUUUGCGAUUGCCUUACUUGCGGGCAACUGUGAAAGAGACAAUGAGGAUUCACCCGUCGGUCCCAUUCUUAAUCCCUCGCAAAGUAGAGACGGAUGUUGAAGUCUAUGGCUACACAGUACCUAAGGGGGCACAAGUGCUGGUAAACGCUUGGGCUAUUGGCAGAGACCCCAGCAUAUGGAAAAAUCCAACGACUUUCAUGCCUGCGAGGUUUUUGGAGUCGGAAGUUGACGUCCGAGGCCAGGACUUUGAGCUGAUUCCAUUUGGCGCGGGGCGAAGAAUUUGCCCUGGGUUGCCUCUGGCGAUGAGGAUGGUUCCGAUGGUGUUGGGUUCGCUCGUAAAUUCAUUUGAUUGGAAACUUGAAGGUGGGAUAGCACCAGGGGAGUUGGACAUGGAGGAGAAGUUUGGCAUAACCUUACAAAAGGCUCAGCCUAUGCGUGCAAUUCCAUUUCAUAUGUGACAAUCAAUAGUAUUGUCUUACUUUCUUUCUUCAGUACUAAAACAUGACUUAAAUUUCUCCAUUACUAUCGAGUAAAUAAAUUUGGUUUGCUGAAAACUCACAUGUUUUAUUUGAGAAGAGAUUACCUGUUGUUUGGACUAUUGAUGCAUAAAAUGUACAAUAGUACUACCUUUUCGCUCAUGUAUUACAUGCAAUAAUUUAUACUA